AUGUCAACGGCCCUCGAAGGCUGCAACAUAGAUCUAUCCUGGAAAGCCUUCGGUCACUCAUGCAGGAUAUCAAAGGCCUUAGGCUAUUUCUGCGUCGACGAAACACCAAGUGAAGGGGACGAGCAACUCUCCGCACCACCCGGCACGCCACUUCACGAAGCCGAAGUCGAGCGGAACCGCAAACGUUUCGGAUUCUGGCACAUCCUUCGAACAGACUGUUUCUUCCGAAUGGCUUUCGGCAAACCAACUCUCAUCCCCGCAGGGUCGUGGAAAGUCAAUUUUCCCGAUUCAAUGAUCAACGGCGUGGACGACGAAUCGUCGCGCUUUGUACAGAUUCAUUUCCUUGUUUCAAUGCGACUUACUCUUAUUGUUAUGAAGUAUCUCGAUUGGAUUGAUGGGGGUCCGGAUCCGGAUCCUGUUUCGCAUGAUGCUAUUAUUGAGAGCUAUAUCGAUGAGGUGCAGUCUAUACUGUCGGAUUGGGAUACGGCGAGCCUUCUUCGAAUGGCGAUAAAUCUUGUCGAUACAUGGCUCUGCGUCGACGUGCUGUUCAGCAGCUAUAAGAUGCUUAUCGUGCUGUAUCAGUCGAAGAAAUGUGGCCAGGAUCAUAUCCUACCCUAUCAAGCCGUUGAUCUGGCCAGGAAGUCUGUGACGAUCUUCCAGUCGCUCCUGGGGUCCUCAUCGCAUGCGUUCUGGGGAAUCAGUCUAAUCUCACAACACCAGUUCAUCCCCUUUUUUAUCCUUUGCUUAGACAUCAUUGGGAAUCCUGACCAUGAAAACCUCGAUGAAGAUCUCGUGUCUGUGACCUGGGUAUGCGACUAUGUCGAAAUGGUCGCUGAGGGACGGGUCGAGCUGAAGCCGGUCAUUAUUAUCAUGAAGGCGAUGGUGACUGCUUGUCAACAGACGCAAAUGGACCGUCUUGCACGGUCAGUCGCUUCUGGUGAAUAG